AAAAACAUGAUUUUGUCUUGGAUAAGUGCAGCUGUAAAUUGGUUGCAAAGAAGCACUUCCCAAUGGUUAACGAAAAUAAAAUCCACCCUCUUGAAAGUUAUAGUUGUUCUCACCUAUCUGGCAGUGCUGUUAUGGAUUUCUAUUUUCUUUUAUGGAAGUUUUUACUACUUGUACAUGCCUGCCAUUUCUCAUGUCAAACCUGUGCAUUUGCAGUUCAAGGGAAAUUGUGACAUUACAACAGAAGGAUGUGGCUUCCCAUCUGCCAAUUUCUCGUUAGUUUCUCAUGGAAAAGAGCAGUUGAUGCUGCGUGGUCAGCCUUACAGAAUCCAGCUUGAGCUUGAAAUGCCUGAAUCUCCAGUCAACCAAAUGUUAGGAAUGUUUAUGGUCCGCCUGGAUUUCCUCACUCAUUUCGGUCGGGUCGUACAGUCAACUAAUCGCGCUGUAAGUAGGAGUGGAGUGCUUCACUAUAAGUCUCCUCUACUACAAACCUUGGACACCCUAGUCUACUCUCCGUUUCUCCUGUUCGGUUCCCGGGAACAAAAACAACUCAUUAAUGUGGAGCUCUUCAAUAAUUAUCUCGAGGAUGCGUACAAACCCAGUAUUGGUGCUUACAUUGAAAUCCAGGCCAGACGAAUUGAAAUCUACUCAUCUGUGCUCAAGAUUUAUGCAAAUUUCACCGGUCUAAGGUAUCUCAUGUUCUACCACCCAGUCCUCUGUGCCAUAUGUGGUGUCAGCUCAAAUAUGGUCUUUCUGACUGCUGUGGCCUUAUUGUCGUGGUAUCGCUUCCUUUCUGACAAGAUGCCCCGGCAGUCAAAUCCUUCCAGAGGUGAUAGCAGUCGUCCAAGUUUGGAGGAGAGGCGAGCCAACAUCCGUGCUGCUUUAAAGAGAGAGCAAAGGACCAGCAAUGAUCAAGUAGAGCCUUCUGGUAGUGCAGAGGUGCCAACUGGCAUGCUUCCAUAUGGGGCAGAACAAGAGCCCGUUAUCAUAGACACAUCAAAAAAGAGGGUCAAAAAGACUUUCACGAGCGAUCCGGAUAGGUCCAUCGGCUGGCCAGGAGAUACACUCAACUGGCACAGAGAGCCGGAAACAUUACAAAGCAUCGAUGGGUCUGCUUCGAGAAAAUCGCAGUUGGAGGAGGAUGUUCUAAAUGAUACAGAGACGUUACUGCCAUCUGGGUCGGACACGAAUAGUCCAGAGGAUAUGCAGUUACGACGUCGAGGUGACGUUUCUGGAAAAUCGGUCGCAUCAUGAACAUUGUUUUCCUGUGAUAGUCUCAUUCAUGUUGGAUGGAUAUGAUCCAGUUGUGUGUUCAAAAACCAAACCCAUGAAAUUUUUUAAGGACAAUUUUUCAUGAGAGAACCAUGUUUACUAUAUUCGCUUAUUUAUCAAUUAUGGUGCUUGCCCCGUCAUCUUGAUGGUGUUAUGAGGCAUUCCUAGUUACUGAUGACAGCAAAGAGAUAAAUGUAUAUACCAUUUGCUAUCUUAAAGGGGUACACCGUUCGUAAUUACUGGUGGUCCAGGAAAAUAGAACUCCAGUUCUUAUGCGCAAUGCUGUGGUGCAGUUAUUAUGAACACGAAUUUGGUGCAACUUGGUAUUUAUAGUCUUUGCAUAUUUGUCUACAGAACGACACUGCUGAAAUUUAUAUUAAGUAUGUAUUGACACAAUUAGAAAUGUUCAAAUCAAAUUUCAAAUUUCAAAUCUUUAACGAAUGGUGUAUGCCUUUAAAUAAGGUGGUGUUGAUGACCUGAAACAUUAUUGAUUGUAAAUAAGACUAGUCGGAUUUGAGAAAUUCAUGACAUUCCAAGUGAGAUUCUGGCAAUUUGAAUUGUGAUACAUUUUUUAAUAGCACGGUGUUGAAAGUACAUGUUGGUCGUACAGGAUUUUAAAAUAGUACUUGAAAUGUACUUGAUUUUAGUUUUGAAUUAGUUCUCAUUGAGGGCAUACAUGAUUCAAACAACGCUUCCAUGGUGGACUUGGACAAGCUUUAUCUCGAUCAGUUUAUUAAAUAAAUGA